AUGGCAGACCCCGAGCACCCUCCCGACAUCCCCAAGGAAGCAACGGACCACGUUCAGCAUGUGGGGAAGAGUCCGAUAACCGCGGGGAAAGCGGCUACACAGCAACAACUGAUGGCCGCGUUGACGGCGACGGAUGUAACUAUCCGGCGGUUAGAUCUGCUCCUGUCCAAUGCCACCGGGCAAGAGAGGGUGCUAGCGACGGUGAACUACGUCGCAUCAAUCCUCCACCACGUCUGCGGGUCAACAGCUUGGAAAGCCUUCCAGACAAAACUCCUCCUUCUCGCUCGAAUCAAGACUCGCGCCGCAUCACCGACCGGCAAAACCGCCCCGUCUGGCUCCAAAUGGGCAGCCCUAUCUUCACUUGCCUCGGAAACCCGAUACAAUCUCCGGCUAUUCGGACUUCUCCCACUAUGGAUAUGGGGCUCCGAGACUCUCAAAAACCCACCGGCAGACCCCAUCAUCCACGCCCUGACAAUGCUCCAGGUCGUCUCGAACGUCAUCUACCAACUCCUCGAGAACGUAGCCUACCUAGCAUCUAAGAACGUCCUACCAAAGCGCUUCGUCGACAAGUACGGCGGAAUCGAUAAGUGGUAUAUUUGGAGUACCAGGGGCUGGUUCGGACACAUUUUCUUCGAAUUCUUCGUCCUAUGGCGCCAGCACAUUCUGCGCAAAAGACGUCUCGCCGCACAACGCGAGGCUGCGAGCACCAUCGAGACCAAGGAGGAGAUUCAAGCGCAAGAGAAAGAGGCGCUUCGAUUGGAGAUCCGCUCGUGGCGCAAGAGUCUCGUUAAUAAUACUAUCUGGGCGCCGCUGUGCUUGCACUGGUGUUUGGAGAAGGGUAUUGGGAUUCCCGAGAGUUUGACGGGAUUGAUUAGUUUCAUGGCUGGGGCGUGGAGUCUACACGACCAGUGGGCUGCUACGGCGAAGGCAUAG